GCACGGGGUUCCCGGUUUCAGACUCGGGAAAGUGACAGAAGCCGCGCGGAGGAAGAGACCCAAAGAGAUCUCUGCGACUCGGCAGCCACCCAUCCUCGGGGGAGCACUGAGCUCCCCCGCCCCCGGCUCCCGCCCGGCCUGGGGGGCUCCUCCAGCAUCGGCCCCACCCCCGGGCUCCCCAUGGAAGCCAGCUGCGCCCCGGGAGGAGCAGGAGGAGGAGUCGGCUGAAAGCCCACGGUGCUUUCGGCGCCGCUGCCCUAAGGCCCCCCAGCGCCCCCGACCCGCGCCACCCCCACCGCUCCUCCCCCGGGGCUCGCCGGGACCUGCCCCCCGGGCCGCCUGCCCGAGCCCAGCCGCAGCCGGGUGCGGGGAUCGCCGUCGCCCUGGAGUGAGGGAAGCGCAGCCCGAAGGGGUCCCCUGGAACCCGGCGCGAUGGACGCCGUCUUGGAACCAUUCCCGGCCGACAGGCUGUUCCCGGGAUCCAGCUUCCUGGACUUAGGAGACCUGAAUGAGUCGGAUUUCCUCAACAAUGCGCACUUCCCGGAGCACCUGGACCACUUCGUGGAGAACAUGGAGGACUUCUCCAAUGAUCUGUUCAGCAGUUUCUUUGAUGACCCUGUGCUGGAUGAGAAAAGCCCUCUGCUGGAUAUGGAGCUGGACCCCCCUGCUCCAGGCAUCCAGGCUGAGCACAGCUACUCUCUGAGUGGGGAUUCUGCACCCCAGAGCCCCCUUGUGCCUGUCAAGAUGGAGGACACCACCCAAGAUGUGGAGCACGGAGCAUGGGCACUGGGAAACAAGCUGUGCUCCAUUAUGGUGAAGCAGGAGCAGAGCCCAGAGCUUCCCGUUGACCCCCUGGCUGCCUCCUCCGCCAUGGCUGCUGCUGCCACCAUGGCCGCCCCACCACUGCUGGGCCUCAGCCCCAUCUCCAGGCUGCCCAUCCCUCACCAGGCCCCAGGAGAGAUGACUCAGUUGCCGGUGAUCAAAGCAGAGCCCCCGGAAAUGAGCCAGUUUCUCAAAGUGACACCAGAGGACCUCGUACAGAUGCCUCCAACACCCCCCAGCAGCCAUGGCAGUGACAGUGACGGCUCCCAGAGUCCCCGCUCUCUUCCCCCCUCCAGCCCUGUCCGGCCCAUGGCCCGCUCCUCCACGGCCAUUUCCACCUCUCCGCUCCUCACUGCCCCUCACAAACUGCAGGGGACAUCAGGGCCACUGCUCUUGACAGAAGAGGAGAAGCGAACCUUGAUCGCCGAGGGUUACCCUAUCCCCACCAAACUCCCCCUCACCAAGGCCGAGGAGAAGGCCUUGAAGAGGGUCCGCAGGAAAAUUAAGAACAAGAUCUCUGCCCAGGAGAGCCGUCGCAAGAAGAAGGAGUAUGUGGAAUGUCUAGAAAGGAAGGUGGAGACAUAUACAUCAGAGAACAAUGAACUGUGGAAGAAGGUCGAAACCCUAGAGACUGCCAACAGGACCCUGCUCCAGCAGCUGCAGAAACUCCAGACUCUGGUCACCAGCAAGAUCUCCAGACCUUACAAGAUGGCAGCCACGCAGACUGGCACUUGCCUUAUGGUGGCAGCCUUGUGCUUCGUUCUGGUGCUGGGCUCCCUUGUGCCUUGCCUUCCUGCAUUCUCUUCCGGUUCAAUGACUGUGAAAGAAGACCCUAUCGCAGCUGACAGCGUCUACGCAGCCAGUCAGAUGCCUUCCCGGAGCCUGCUGUUCUAUGAUGACGGGGCGGGCUUGUGGGAAGAUGGCCGAGGUGCUCUGCUGCCUGUGGAGACCCCAGAAGGCUGGGAGCUCAAACCCGGGGGUCCAGCAGAGCCGAGACCCCAGGACCACCUCCAACAUGACCGUGCGGACAGCAUCCACGAGACCACCAAGUACUUGAGAGAGACCUGGCCAGAGGACACUGAUGACAGCGGCCCCAGCCCCAACUUCUCCCACCCCAAGGAGUGGUUCCAUGGCAGGGAUCUGGGCCCCAACACCACCAUCAAACUCUCCUAGGCCACUCUGAGACCCAGGACACAGGACGGACACCCCGGCACCCAGAAGAUGCAUUCUCUCGUUCGAUGACCCAGAUCCAGCUCACACCCCUGCCCCCGGGGCCCUCUGCCCCAGGGGAAAGGGUCUUUCUUCUCCUCAGCCCUCCGGGUCUCUGUAGUGGCUGGGGACCCUCUAUGUCC